CAUUCGUCACCGCUUGUGAGGCUUACAGGCGCAAUAUCUCGCGUUGAGGGUUUCGGUCUAGCGAAGACUUGCCGGGUUUGUGUGAAGGGUUGAAUAUACAGUCGAUUCUGCUACUGGCGCCAACGUUACCGAGUUCAGCGGGGCUGUGAGCGCUGAAUCGCACAUCGCUUGAUAGCCUAGCGAUAGGAAAAAGCUACCUGAAGCUUGUUUUUCGAAUACGUGUUUGAUUGGGCUGUUUUCAAAAUGACGCCAACACCGCCGUCUACUUCUUCCAGUGUCGCUGGACACUCGCCAGAAGGCCAAUAUAGGGUGAUAAGAAAGAGAAAUAGAGUGCCGCUCUCGUGCGCUCCCUGCAGACAAAGAAAACUGAAAUGCAACCGGUCGCAUCCGUGUGAGAAUUGUGUGAAGAGAGGCGAUGCGAGCUCGUGUUCAUAUGCUCAGCUCGGCUCGCGAAAGAAGAGUUCUGCGACUCAAAGCUCCUCCAACUCGCCUGAUGAUAUGCAGAACAGGAUAGAUAGGCUGGAAAGUUUGGUUUUGUCACUUAUGACCAAUGGAUCACAAUCAGCGGGACCGGCAGCUGCUGUCGCUGCUCUCUCCGGCAACGACAGCAUUGGUUCUGUACCGAACUCCCAGGACCUCGAACUCGAUGACGACGUUGAUGGGCAGGAAGAAAGUGAAACAGAGUCGGUGACCAAGUCGUUCGGUAUCAUGAAGAUGGAUAAUAAUAAGUCGAUGUACAUCAGUGAAGCCCAUUGGGCUUCUGUAUUGAACGAUAUCGCCGAAGUUCGACAAUAUUUUUCGAGUCACAAGAAGCAGUACGAGGAACAAGCACAGAAACUAAAGGCUGCUAAACCAGAAAUUGAUACAUCUAUGUUACUAUUCGGUUCAGUAAAAGCUCCAAGCAAAGCAGAAAUUAUGGCGUCUUUUCCGUCAAGAUAUACCACCGAUAUGCUGAUCGCUCGCUAUUUCAAUACUUACAGUCCAGGCACUCGUGAGUUAUUCACAUCCCCGAUACCGAAUAUUCUCCAUGUUCCCACAUUCCAAAGAGAUUACAACAACCACUGGAAGGAUCCCUCUGCUUCAUGCAUCAUAUGGAUUGGCAUGCUUUUUGCCAUGAUGCGUUUAGCAAUGCUGUCAUAUUACCGCGACGGUGAUGAGCCUCCCGAGUUUAGAGGGAAGGCUCUUGACAUGGCCAGGAAUUUUCGCCACUUGAUGUCUCAAUGCCUAAUUCUAGGCGACUUCACGAAGCCCUAUCCCUAUCUUAUUGAAACGCUAAUCCUCCACCUACACGGUGACUUCAGUCAGACUAAAGAGGCAGAUGUUGCGGUCUGGAUUAUGGUGGGUAUUAUCACACGACUGGCAAUGCGCAUGGGGUACCAUAGGGACUCAAAGAUGUUCCCAAAUAUCACACCUUUCCAGGGUGAAAUGCGGAGACGGGUUUGGACGUUUGUCAGACAAGCAGACCUUCUCUUUUCUUUCCAGGUUGGCAUGCCUAGUAUGCUGCGCUCUGGCGACACCGAUACAGAAAUUCCAAGGAAUCUAUACGAUGAAGAUUUUGAUGAAGACAGCAAGGAGAUUCCACCUUCUCGACCAAAUAACGAACCGACCCCAGUCUCAUACCUAAUAGCGAAAUCCCGCCUGUCGUUCACGUUUGGCCGGGUCAAUGAACAGACUUCUUCAGUUCGAAAUGAACCUUAUGAGACGGUGAUGGAUAUAGACACUGAACUUCGACAUGCUCGAGAUUUGAUACCAGAUCAUUUGAAAGUUCGCCCGAUAGAGGAAUCUCAGCUUGACCCUGCUAACUUGGUCUUGUCGAGAUUUUAUAUCGAAAGCGUGUAUCACAAAGCUCAGUGUGUUCUACACCGACGGUAUAUUGCUCGUGCCAGGGAAAAUCCUCGAUUCACUCAUUCUCGUCGUACUUGCAUUGAUUCAUCUAUGGAGCUUCUGCGUUACCAAGCUGUACUACAUGAGGAAUCGCGGCCAGGUGGACGCUUGCAAAAGCAAAUUAGAGACAACGCCAUCAACAAUAACAAUUACCUUCUUGCUGGCACGAUCAUCUGCCUUGAUCUUUACCAUGGUUUGCAGCUACAGGCUGCAGGACGGCCAUCUGGUGACAUGUAUACCUGGGGCCGAGAAAGGCGUGAUGAGAUGCUCGAGGCUAUCCAGCGGGCACUGGGCAUUUGGGAAGAGAUGAAAGACGAUUCCAUGGAAGCCUGGAAGGCAUCUGGUGUCCUACGAGUCAUGCUUGCCAAGUUGACAUUCAAACCUGGGCCCCCGACUACCGAAACUAACACCAACCCACCCUUGUUCGAGACCCACGACGAGAAGCAAAAUGCUGCUAUGACUUUGGGGCUAUUGAGCAGCGGUAUGAGCCCUCAAAAUGCCGGAACCACUGCCUUUACAGAUUCAUUCAAAGGCCUAGAUACGUCUCUUCCAUCGGCAGGCUUUGCUCCGACACCUGCAGAUACCUUGGGGCUCACAUCCCCCUUUGGCAUGUUUGGUCAGGUGCCAGACAUGCAGCUUGACUGGGAUGCGUGGGACAGUUAUAUUGGCAACCCUGCCAACGUCGACAACCUUAACCCAUUGUGGCCCAUGCCCGACCUUACACAGCAGUCCCCUGAAUCUCUCAAUCAGACACCAAAUCCACCACCACCAGGUGAGGGUACCAGAGCUCGAAGGUUACGGUUGCCGGGUAUACUUCCAUCAGACGGCGGGGCCACAUUCGAUCCGUCUGCGCCUCCAAUCUUCAUGACCGGGCCAAGUAGUAACGAUCCCAGCGCCCACAGCCAGCAGCAGCAGCAGCAACAACAACAAUAGGUUACUACCAUCGUAUUGCUUUGCAAGGAACGUACUAAUGCUUGAUACCCCGCGCACUUUCUUCCUUUUAACCGGAUAAUCGGUGUUGCACGAUGUGAUGUUUUUUCUGAGAAUGAGUGCCUGGAGUCGGGAUGUGAUAGAAUGGACAAUCUCCACCUAAGUUUACUGUAUAUUUAUUCAAAAUCAAGGACUCUCUGUUGGUGUUUUACUCUCCAGUUUAUGCGAUUGUUGUUUAGUAACUUAGCCCGUGGAAUUCACUGUAUAUUUGGCGUCUUUUCAAUGGCUGUUAUUCGGCUUAUUCUUAGUACUAGCUUUAAUUCAUUAUUCUGCU